GCCGCUCCCAGCAUCUCCGCACCAGGGGCCCGCGAGGCAGAGGAGCCACCGCCGUCGCUGCCGCCGCUGAAAGACAACGGGCGAUGGGAUGAAGAUGAGACGCCACAAGCUCUUUCUGUCACUGUGCAUGGCUGGUCUCUGCCUCAUCUCCUUCCUUCACUUCCUAAAGGCCCUCUCCUAUGUCACAUUCCCCAGAGAGCUGGCAUCACUUAGCCCCAACCUGGUCUCUAACUUUUUCUGGAACAAUGCACCUGUCACGCCUCAAGUCAGCCCUGAGCCAGGGGGUCCAGAGUUCCUCCGCACACCACUCUAUUCCCACUCACCUUUACUUCAGCCUCUGUCUCCAAGCAGAGCUGGGGAGGAGUUGCAUAGAGUGGAGUUUGUGCUGCCCGAAGAUAUUUCGGAAUACUUUGUACAUACCAAAGCUGGUGGAGUCUGCUUCAAGCCAGGCACCAAGGUGCUGGAAAAGCCACUAGCAGGCCGGCCAGAUGAAAAAAUAGAGGGACCAGCUUUGGAGCGUGCGGGACGGAAACCUCUGAGCACUAGUGGGACCAAGCGGCGGAAGUGGGUGGAGUGUGUGUGCCUGCCUGGUUGGCAUGGGCCUAGCUGUGGGGUGCCCACUGUGGUCCAGUAUUCAAACCUCCCCACUAAAGACCGUCUGACACCACGAGAAGUACCCAGGCGAGUCAUUAAUGCCAUCAACGUGAACCAUGAAUUUGAUCUCUUGGAUGUACGUUUCCAUGAGCUGGGAGAUGUGGUGGAUGCAUUUGUUGUCUGCGAAUCAAAUUUCACAGCCUAUGGUGAACCGCGCCCACUCAAGUUCCGUGAGAUGCUGCUCAAUGGGUCCUUUGACUACAUCCGCCACAAGGUACUCUAUGUCUUCCUGGAUCACUUCCCUCCUGGUGGCCGGCAGGAUGGGUGGAUCGCUGAUGACUAUCUGCGCACAUUUCUGACUCGGGACGGCAUCUCCCGCCUCCGCAACUUGCGACCUGACGAUGUUUUCAUCAUUGAUGAUGCCGAUGAGAUCCCAGCCCGUGAUGGUGUGCUCUUCCUCAAACUCUAUGAUGGCUGGACAGAACCCUUUGCUUUCCAUAUGCGCAAAUCUCUCUAUGGCUUUUUCUGGAAGCAACCUGGCACCCUGGAGGUGGUUUCUGGUUGCACAGUUGGGAUGCUUCAAACUGUUUAUGCCUCAGAUGGGAUCCGUCUUCGCCGGAGGGAGUAUUAUACCAUGCCUGGCUUCCGGCAAUAUGAAAACAGCACAGGCCACAUCCUGGUACAGUGGUCCCUGGGCAGUCCUCUCCACUUUGCUGGCUGGCACUGCUCUUGGUGCUUCACACCUGAGGGAAUCUACUUCAAAUUAGUGUCAGCACAGAAUGGGGACUUUCCCCGCUGGGGGGACUACGAGGACAAGCGGGACCUUAAUUAUAUCCGGGAACUAAUCCGGACUGGUGGGUGGUUUGAUGGUACCAUUCAAGAAUACCCUCCUGCAGACCCUAAGGAACAAAUGUAUGCCCCUAAAUAUUUGCUGAAGAACUACCAGCGGUUUUGUUAUUUACUGGAGAACCCCUACCAGAAGGCAGAGGGGGCUGGGUGAUGGGAGAGGGGCUUUUAUGGGAAACUGGAACUUCAUGGAUAAAGGGGGAAGAAGUGAGGUGCAACUGCUUUUUUUCUUUCUUUCCCUCCUCUCCUCUCCAGCUGGGGAAGUGUACAUUCUCUUCAGCCGCUGUCUGCCCCUUUCCAGAAGUGAGACUUUUUGAGGGGGAGGGGGAGAUUCCUAAUCAUGUUAAUGAAGACCGGGAAAAGCAGGAAUAGCUGAUACAGUCCCUGAUGCAGCCCCUUCACCUGUCCUGUAGGAUGAGAGAACAAUCUUAUGCAGGUAGCAGAUGGAGAGAUCUACUCUCUGUGUUUGAGACACGGGGACAUGUAGGGUCACAACAGCUGGAAGCAUGGAGAUGUGAACAUGAAGUAAUCUUUACAGUAUUUUUAGUUUCGAUGAGGAUAGUGUCCACUUUAAAAGCUGGUCUUCUAAGUCAUACAAAACUAAGAACUUCCUUCCACUCCCCCUCUGACAUGCUGUCCACUCUCUCAGCCCAUAGAGAUUGCAGACAAGGGAAAGGGAGCUGAAGGCCUGGACCCUUCUUGCAGAGCCUGUUUUAAGACUUGGCCAAAGAGCACUCUAAUUCUGACAGUAUACUAAAUUAUCUUACUGCAGAUGGCUAGAAACUUAACUAGGAAGAGGAUGUGUGUGUAAGAGAAUGAGAAUGCUUGUAGGUGACUACAGGAGUCCCUGUGCUCUUCUAAGAUAUGUAUAUUUUGCCAUGUGUGUAUUAUGUUAGGGUGUGUGCGCGCAUCAGCCCAUUGUGAGAGCAUGGUUGCACCAAAGAACUCUGCUUUUCAUCUGCUGAUCAUGGACA